AUGGCGUUCGACACUGCUUUGACUAGGGCUUUGGGGAUCCAGGUGCCCGUCGUGCAAGGUGGGCUUCAAUGGGUUGCCUACGCUGAACUCGCUGCUGCAGUGAGCAAUGCAGGAGGACUGGGCAUUAUAAAUGCCCUGACACAGCCGGAUCCCGAGCACCUCCGUCAAGAGAUCCGAAAAACUAGGUCUCUAACGCAGAACCCCUUCGGUGUCAACAUUACCCUUCUCCCCGCUCUCAAUCCUCCCGACUACCCUGGAUUCGUCCAGGCAAUUAUCGACGAAGGGGUCAAAAUUGUCGAGACUGCAGGAAACAGCCCGGGCCCUGUCAUACAGCAGCUGAAAGCUGCAGGCGUGGUUAUAAUUCACAAGGCAACAACGAUCAGACACGCCAAAGCCGCUAUCAAACUAGGGGCCGAUAUCCUUUCAAUCGACGGGUUCGAAUGCGCUGGACAUGUCGGUGAGUCUGACAUUGCCUCGUUAAUCCUGAACAGUCGCGCCCGGCAAGAACUCGGUGACACUCGUUUUAUCGCCUCGGGCGGCUUCGCGGAUGGGCAUGGGUUGAUGGCAGCUCUAAGCCUGGGGGCUGCAGGAAUCAAUAUGGGCACUCGGUUCAUGUGCACAGUCGAAGCUCCAAUCCAUCUGAAUGUGAAGCUUGCGAUUGUCAAAGCCGACGAGCAUCAAACUAGUCUCAUCCUGAGACGGUGGAAAAACACGAGUCGGAUGUACUCUAACCAAAUGACGGCGAAGGCAAUCGAAGUUGAGUCUACAGGUGCCAAUGCAGAAUUUAUCGAGGUUGCUCCUAUUGUUAGUGGGGUCCGUGGGAGAGAAGUUCUUUUGCAUGGAAAUAUUCAACAUGGAGUCUGGUAUGCUGGGCAGGUGAUGGGGCUGAUCCACGACAUUCCAACCUGCGCUGAGCUUAUGGAACGUAUUGUAAAGGAAGCCACGGGGGUUCUCUCGGGUCUUUCGCAAUGUGUGAUGAAAGCGCGACGUAGUAGACUGUGA